AUCCUGGUUAAGCCCAAAGCCCUAGUCAAUUCCGAACCUGUAACCAAACACAUCUUUUUCUCCCUAUUGAAAAACCCUCUAAGAGCUUCCACAAAGCGUGAGUAAAGCAUUUUGAUUUAGUCACGAUGAGAAGAGUUAAUGGACUCGCCACCCUGACUCGAAACAUUGCCGCAGCCUCCUCCGCCGCUGCAGGCGCGACGUCUCGGCACCUUUUGGUUCAAGCCGCAAUGAUGAGCACUUGGUCAUGUACGAAUUCCUCGCAGAGAAUUGCCGAUCGUUUUGGAAUAUCAAACCCCUCUGUUGCGAGUGGUGUCGCAGGGACCAUGUUCUUCUCUGUUGCGGCAUCGUCUCUGGAGCAAGAGGUACACGAGAAGGAGCCACCACCUGCCAAGAAAUUCCUCCCUAAGGAUGUCGUCCUCUAUCAAUACGAAGCUUGCCCUUUCUGCAACAAGGUUAAAGCAUUCUUGGAUUAUUACAAUAUUCCAUACAAAGUAGUAGAAGUCAACCCAAUCAGUAAGAAGGAGAUCAAGUGGUCCGAUUACAAGAAGGUGCCUAUACUAACAGUUGAUGGAGAACAGAUGGUUGAUUCUUCAGACAUAAUUGACAAGUUGCUCCAAAGGAUUCAUCCAGAUAAUUCUAUUACAAUUGGUGAUGAAGAAAGCAAGUGGCGGGGGUGGGUGGAUAAUCAUCUAGUGCAUGUUUUAUCACCAAACAUUUACCGAACUACUUCUGAGGCUCUUGAAUCGUUUGACUACAUCACCACACAUGGCAAUUUCAGCUUCACAGAGAGGUUGGUAGCUAAGUAUGCUGGAGCUGCAGCAAUGUAUUUUGUGUCAAAGAAACUGAAGAAGAGACAUAACAUCACGGAUGAACGUGCAGCCUUGUAUGAUGCUGCAGAAACAUGGGUAGAUGCCUUGGAGGGUCGAGAAUAUCUAGGUGGCUCAAAACCUAAUUUAGCUGAUCUUGCCGUCUUUGGUGUGCUAAGGCCCAUUCGCUAUCUGAAGUCUGGUAAAGAUAUGGUGGAGCAUACACACAUUGGUGAAUGGUACUCGCGGAUGGAACAGGCAGUGGGAGAACCUGCCAGAAUUAAGGCAUGAAAUAACAUGAUGAUUUUGUUGGUUGAUCCAAAUUGCAAUGUGAUUCUGCCUUGAGGUAUAUGGAAAUUUAAUUAGACGGACGUGGACAACUUAUCAAAUUUCAUCAAGAAAAUUAUGUAAAGAAUUAAUUCUUGACUUGGAAAAUGAACUGUAUAACUCAAGAAUCAAGCCUAAUUAUGUUUUAUCAUUGAUAAUAAGCUUUUUCGGGGGAA